AGAGAUUUUGAUAUCCCUCAGCAACAGCCCUAGGCAAGAAAACAGUGCCAGCACUUCCCCUGACCAUAUAUGGAAAGCGCCGGGAAUGAAGGAGAAAAUAUCUCAGAAAAUUGAAAGAUUUGUCUGUUAUCAGGCAAACUAAAUCAGCGUGUAUUGCAGCACUUACUCGUUUCGGACUUUUGACGUUUCGUGAGCGCACAUCGUCGUCACCCUUUAUUGCUGCAGACAGAAUGAAACUCUAAAAAACGGCACAAACACAGGCGCGUCAUACACGGUGAAUGAGAAGUCCACAGGUAGCCAAUGAACAUGUCGACACUGCUGGAACUCAAGAGCAGCGUGAUGCGGCAGGUGCAGAGAAGCCAAUCGCUGCGGGGGAGGAGAGAGCCAGCCGCCCAGGCCAGCAGCCCCCCGGCCGCGCCUGUCCCAGACCUCCCAGUACACGGGGUUGCUGAAGGCAAUGGAGAAUUUUUUGAGCGCAUGAAGAACAUUAUCCAGAAGCAAGACAACAUGCAGCGUGCCUGUCAGGCCUGGGGCAAAGGGGAGAGUGGAAGUCCUCCCCCCGCAGAGCCUGUGCAGCCAGCCUGCGUUCCGGAUCGAGCAAACAGGAGAGAGCUGGACCUUUUAUAUGAAGAAGUUGCGUACACUGUUGUGAACAGGGUCGGUAUGCCCUCUCCAGACCACGUUACCAACGAAGAAGAGAUUUUCAGCUAUCUGCAGCGGGCAUUUGAUAUGGGAGCAGAGGAGCAUGAUAUCAUUCUACACAGGGUCAGAGAAGCCAAGAGGGCAAAUUUCGCCUUACGGGUGUCUGUCAUGAAAGGAAAAAACCUACUUGCUAAAGAUGCUAAUGGUUACAGUGACCCCUACUGCAUGCUGGGGAUUCUGUUGGGCCAAAGCCCCAGAGAAACUGAGGAGAGGAAGGAGAGGAAAUUCAGCUUCCGCAAGAAGAAGGAGAAGGUGGAGAAGCGGCCCAGUGUCCGGGAAGUGCUGGCAGCCCGGAGCAUCCAGGUCACGGACGUCAAACCAGAAACCCUCAACCCCGUUUGGAAUGAACAUUUUGUCUUUGAAAUUGAUGACAUUUACAGUGACAUGCUGCAUCUUGAUAUAUGGGAUCAUGAUGACGAUGUGUCUGUGGCUGAGGCCUGCAAAAAGCUCAAUGAAGUCAGUGGACUGAAGGGCAUGGGAAGAUAUUUCAAACAGAUCGCCAAGUCCGUCCGGGCCAACGGCGCUGCAGGAUCUGCAUCGGAGGAAAACGCAGACGACUUCCUGGGAUGCCUGAACAUCCCCAUUAGCGACAUUCCGGUGGAGGGCUUUGAUAAGUGGUUUAAGCUGGAGCCGCGGUCCAGCUCCUCCAAAGUGCAGGGAGAAUGUCAUUUGGUCCUGAAGCUCUUCAACAGCCAGAGAGAUACAACUUUGAGUACGAUGGAGUCUAACCUGGCUAUCCACGAGAAGAUCUUGAGCCAAAUUUUGGAAUAUGAACACAAUAAAGUUCAGACGGAACCCUAUAAAUGGACAGGGCAAGUAUGUAAAACAGCGUGGACCGUGCUCUCCCACCAUGCCCUGCACACCGGCCUGACGCGUCUGCAGAAGGCCAUCAUACGAUGGCUUUGCUACAGCAAGCACCACCGCUCGCAGAGCAUGUGUUACGCCUCCCUCCUGGAGCUCCUGAAGGACGUCGAGAAGGCGUGGGAUGCCCCAGUCUUAGAGAGGCAACUGGAGAGGAGCCUAUCAGAGAGUUUCCGGCUGCACACAGAUUAUUGUCUGUCCCUGCUGAAGCGUCUGCGUAAGCUUUUCCCCGUCUGCAGCUCUGCAGCCGUGUCUCAUUGCGGCCUCCUGCUGAGGGGUUUGGGCUACCUGCUAAACAUGGAGGCGUAUAAGGCUGUGUGUCCCGACCGUAAUGAGAUCCCUUUGGAAAUCACCACUGUGAUCAAGAAGAGUACGGCGGAAUGGUACGAAGGGACCAUUUCACACAUUAAACCAGAUGAAGGGACGCUGGAGCAGCAGUUGCGACGCCUGAUCCUGGUAGUCGAUGCUGUCUGCGCAGACGUGCAGAAAGGACAUGCCGUCUAUGACAAGAUCUUCUCCAGUUCAGUGAAAGUGGAUUUUUUUAGCAUCUCCUAUCGUCAGUUGGAAAAACUGGUGGCAGAUGACGUGAGUGUGAUCAUGGAGAAGGUUUGUGGAACUCUUGAACAAGAAGGAUCUCGGCUCUCACAGACCAUGGGUGAAACACUCUUCGAGCUCUACAUAUCCCUCAAAACACUCAGGAUGUGCAGAGACUAUCUACCCGCUAAGGAAGCCAGAAUGCUGGCCCUGACUGAUUAUCAUAAUUGGUUCAAGACCUCCAUUCACAAGUGGCUGCAAAUCGUUCAUGAAAAGUCUUGUGACAGGAUCCGUAGAGCGGUGGAGCUAGAUAAUCUGGAGCCCGUCCACGGCCAGGAGAAGCACGGCAGCUCCGCUGUGGACGUCACUGCCUGCUUCAGCCAGGUCUGUAACUUCUGGGCACAGCUGGCCUGGCCUGACUCUGCGGGGGCCUUCAUCUUGGUGACCCGCCUGACAGAUGAUUUCUGCAGUGCGGCUGUGUGGUACUCUGAGCUGAUAAGACGUAAGAUUGAAAGGAAUCAGCCAGGACAGGAAUACAAGAAUUUUAUCCUCCAGGUCUGUGUUGCCCUGAACAACAUUGAGCAUAUGCGUUCGUUUCUGGGGAACCUGCCAAGGGUCCUGGACUGGAGGGGACUGGAACUGGCCAUGGAGGAGUCUUGUGGGCCAGAGGGGAGGGAGCAAAUGAACAAGGCCCUCAAUGCACAGCUCUACAAUAUCGACCUAGACCUGCAGAGGGAGACCAAACGCAUGAUCACAAACCUCACUGACAAGAUGCUUUCAGAUCUGAAGAAGUACAUCCAGCACAUCAGUCUAUCUCCGGAUUCAAUUAGAAAUGAUGAUGCUGUGUCCCCCUUGAUGAAGUACCUGGACGACGUGCUAAUCAUCCUCAGUAAUUCACUCGUGAAGGAAAAUCUGAGCAGAGUGUUGCAGAGUUUGUGGGCUCUGCUUCUCCGGAUGAUUUUUGACACCGUAGCAGAGAACCGUGGAGUGCAGAUGGAGUUCUACGGAAGAUUCCACUACACGGUGGAGGCUCUGGUAGAGUUCUUCCACGCUGAGGGGGAAGGGGUGCCUCUGGAGGACCUCCGAAAUUCAGACUUCAAGGCCCUGGAGGAGGAGCUGAGACUAAACAAGUUCUCAUCUAAUGAGCUGAUUGAGCAGUAUUUCCUGGAGAAGAUCUCCCAGCAGAAAACACUGAAGCACAGUAAGUUUGGGCGGAUUAGUGUCAAGUUUUACUAUGAGCUCUCUGAUCAGCGGCUGACCGUGGAGAUUCUGCAUGCAGCUGACAUUAUCGCCUUGGAUGCCAAUGGACUGAGCGACCCAUUUGUCAUUGUGGAGCUCUGUCCUCAUCAUCUGUUCCCCAACGCCAAGAGUCAACGCACACAAAUGAAGCCCAAGACUCUCCACCCCGUAUUCGAUGAGUUCUUCUACUUUCAUGUCAGCCCAGAGCAGUACAGACAUAGGUGCGCCUGUGUCACCUUCACUGUGAUGGAUUACGACUGGCUGUCCACCAACGACUUCGCAGGGGACGCGAUUGCACCUCUCAGUGACUUCUGCUGGCCGGGCCGGCCCAAUGCCACCAGCGCAGCGAAGACCCUGCCGCCCGUUAUCCUGCACCUGACCCGGCAGAAACCCAGCGAGAAACCCAUUGUCAAAAUGCUAGAGGCAAGAACUGCGGACAAGGAGGCACAAGAAUUUUCAAGAAGACUCAAAGAAAUUGAAAAGUCCAUGGAGGAGGAGUGACUUCUGACAUUAGUGUGCUGUUUGCUUUUCUACUUGUCACACUGUUUACUAUAUUUAAAAAAUACUAUUUGUCAUAUGUGUGUUUUUAAGUGUUCUUGGGAAAAGUAAUAUGCAGAAUCCUUGGUCUUUUCUCUGUAGAUGAAAGCUAUCUAGCAUUGUAUUACCUUUCUUUUAAUAUAGUAUUUAAUAAUAUGCAUAUUACCUGUGAGGAAAGUGUUCUCUGAAAAGUCUUGUAACUGUGUAAUACUGUUUUUACCCGUUCAUAUUUAAUAAUUAGCUGUUUCUGUUUUCCGAGACCAUGAGCGACAAAUGUAAAAGGUACAAAAAAAUAAUCUGUUCUGGGCUUACAGUUUAUGAAUGUUAAAUCUUUAUUAUUCAGUUGUAUUGGGCAAUGUUGCUUUUUCUCCAGUUUUGUGUUAGCUGUUUAAAAAGUAAAAGUCAUCUUGUGGUCUGUUUUCAUGUCAGCAGUGAUGCACAGCAGUCCGUUUCCGUGAUGUUUUUGUUGUUUUGGAUCUUAGUACAAAAACUAGUACAAAAAUUCCCCUUUGCCCCUUUUUCUGAAGCGCAUUGCUGGAGACACAAAUAUGCAGCUGUGUGUCUCAUAAGAUUUGAAUAAAAACAUUCACGUAACUUUGUUCACAUUUUCAUAUCACAGUUUAUGGAUGUUUUAUUUCAUUACUGCUAGAUCACAUAUGCUUUGGCUAUUAUACAAUUACUAUACAAUUAAAAAUAAACAGCAGAUACAGCU